AUGGCUGAGGAGCACGGUAGCAGCGGCAUCUACUUCCCCAAAAAAGAAGAUAAACCGAAAACCGAACCUUUAACCGGUGGUGGCUACAAUGGUGACAAUGAUGACUCUGGUGAUGAAUACGAUGGCGGCUACGGAGAUGGUUAUGAUGACCCUGCAAUCUACCCAGCAGCUACUGGUGGUGGUUCUGGUGACUCUAAAAUCAAACCUACAAUUAUUGCUGGAAACGAUGACUCUGACGACAUAGCAAUUUUCGGAGAUGGCUAUAAUGACCCUGCAAUCCAAGCAGCUAUUGGUGGUGGUUCUGGUGACUCUAACAUCAAACCUACAACUGGUGGUGACGACAAUGAUGGCUAUGAUGGCGGCUACGGAGAUGGCUAUGAUGACCCUGCAGUCCAAGCAGCUCUUGGUGUUGGUUCUGGUGACUCUAACAUCAAACCUACAAUUAUUGCUGGAAAUGAUGACACAGACGACAUAGCAAUUUUCGGAGAUGGCUAUGAUGAUCCUGCAAUCCUAAAAACGACUGGUGGUCAUGAGAAAAAGUAA